GCCUUCUUUUUUCUACAUGCCAUAUGGGUUGUACCAGUUCAGGCCGCCGUGGUUCUCUGGCUGAUGUAUAAGGAGGGUGGUUACAUGAGUAUUUUUGGGGUCCUCACAAUGCUCCUAUUCAUUCCUAUCCAAACCAUUUCUGGAAAGAUCAUUGCCAGCAUUAAAGGCAAGGUCGCCCGGCUAACAGACGAACGCGUCAAGAUGCUCACUGAGAUGAUCAAUGGAAUCCAAAUUCUCAAGUUUUUCAAUUGGGAAGCUACCUUUGGCAAAUUUGUGAAGGCACUCAGACGCAAUGCGCGAACAGAGGAUUGCGUCAUAGCGAGAUCCUAA